AGUUCCUGAGUCAGGCAGUUCAUACUUACACACCUACUUUCUCUAGGAGCAAGUCACUCCCAGCCUCUCGCCUCCUAUUUAAGCCUAUUGCUUUCUCCGCCACCCAGUCUAAAACAGCAGGAGGAGCCACCUAGAAAUGAGCCUCUGGAUUCCUUGCAAGAACGUUGUCCCUUUCAUGAGUGGACCCAGCCCCACCGUCUCCCAUCAUUACAGGAGCAUCACACGCCAGAUGCAAGGAUUUGCAAAUGCCUCCAAGGUGUUCUAUUAAUUUGAGGGGAGGCACCUCUUUCCUGGGGAGAUUUGACAGGGAAAGCAGCAGAAAACUGGAUCCUGGCCAUUGGAAGUGCCACACCAUUUAGGAGUUGGAAGCUUGGGACACCUCCCUGCCGUUCUCCGAGUGCCUUCUCUUCCCAGCGCAUCGCCCUUCAUGGCUUUCCAACCCUGUCCUGUGGUCACUCAGCCGGCAGCGGUCAGCAGGUGCAGCCCAUCGCCAUGCAGGGAUUGGAAAACGGACCUACUGGACUGCUCUUCUGACACCACCAUCUGUGCCUGCGGUCUCAUUAUUCCAUGCAUCCUUGCUUGCAAGGUGGCUGUAGAUUACGGGGAGUGCUGCUGUGUCCCCUAUCUGCCAGGGGCUCUUGUAGCCAUGCGGACAGGCCUGCGAGAACAGCUGCGCAUAAAGGGCUGUGUGUGCAAUGACUGGUGCGUUUUCUGCUUCUGCUGUCCCUGUGCUCUUUGCCAGCUGGCACGAGAGUUGAAGAGCCCGUGUUAGCCUCCUUUUGAGCUGCCCCCGCCCC